AACUGUACUGUCCGUUAGUCUGUCUGUGCUGAGCACGGACACAGUGAAGUUACUUGGUCUUGUUAGUACACCGUGAGGAACGGGUGCAAAUAAGGAGUACUGAUCGUUUGUAGUAACAUUCCUGGCUGUAAAGGUUGGCAGAAUGAAUACUGCCGUGGAUUAUACGUCCACAUCUUGGGAACUUAUUAUUGCUGUAAAUCACCAGUAUGAAGGAGAGCAGAAAGAGUUUCCAGUAAGGGUGUCCGGAGACCUGCACAUCGGUGGAGUGAUGCUGAGACUAGUAGAACGAAUACAGAUAUCUCAAGACUGGUCAGACUAUGGUCUGUGGUGGGAACAGAAAUGCUGCUGGCUUUUGAAGACUCAUUGGACACUGGACAAAUAUGGGAUACAAGCUGAUGCUAAGCUGAUAUUCACACCUCAGCAUAGACCCUUACGUCUUCAGUUGCCAAAUAUGAAAACUGUGAGACUGAAAGUCAGUUUUUCUUCUGUAGUUUUUAAAACAGUUUCUGAGAUCUGCAAAAUUCUUAAUAUAAGAAGAUCAGAAGAACUGUCCCUUUUAAAACCGUCAGAUGAAGUUUUCAAAAAGAAAAGGAAGAAGGAAAAGAGCAACAUGGAUGUGAUUAUUGAAGAUGUAUUAAAUUUAGACAGCUCAUCGCUGAUUUCUGGCUCCCUAGCAAGUCCUGGUCUAUAUAGUAAAACUAUGACGCCCACCUAUGAUCCAGUUAACGGAACCCCUGCUUCAUCAACAAUUACAUGGUUUAGUGACAGUCCUCUUACUGAGCAGAACUGUAACAUUCUUGCUGUAAGCCAACCAGCCUAUCCACCAGAAACACUGGCUAAAAUGUAUAAACCACGGACCUUAUUGGACAAAGCAAAGAUUAAUUCAAGAUGGUUAGAUUCAUCUCGCUCCCUGAUGGAACAAGGAAUACAGGAAGAUGACAAGCUCUUGCUUCGCUUUAAGUACUUCCACUUCUUUGAUCUGAACCCAAAAUAUGAUGCUGUCCGGAUAAAUCAAUUGUAUGAACAAGCAAGGUGGGCCAUCCUGUUGGAAGAAAUUGACUGCACAGAGGAAGAAAUGUUGAUGUUUGCAGCAUUGCAGUAUCAUAUAGGAAAGUUGUCAAUGUCGUCCGAUGUACUCGACUUUGUGAAUGAGCCUGAAGUCGAUGAAGUAGAAAGUGCACUUGCCAAUCUGGAAGUUGCACUGGAAGGUGGAAAAACAAACAAUAUAUUGGAAGACAUCACAGAUAUACCAAAACUCGCAAAUUAUUUGAGGCUUUUUAGGCCAAAGAAGCUAACAUUAAAACCAUACAAGCAAUACUGGUUUGUCUUUAAAGAUACCUCCAUCUCCUACUUCAAAAAUAAGGAGAGUGCUCACGGGGAACCUACUGAAAAACUGCACCUCAGAGGUUGUGAUGUCAUACCUGAUGUGAACGUAGCAGCAAGAAAAUUUGGGAUUAAGCUGCUUAUUCCUGUCGCUGAUGGCAUAAAUGAAGUUUAUCUGAGAUGUGAAGAUGAACACCAGUAUGCUACAUGGAUGGCUGCUUGUAAAUUUGCCUCAAAAGGAAAAACCAUGGCUGACAGCUCAUAUCGCACUGAAGUCAACAACAUCAUGUCAUUUCUGAAGAUGAAGAAUGUGACUUCUGUCCCUCAAGUGCCCAACGAUACAGAGGCUGUGGACCUGAGCUCAGAAUCACUUGUGUCACCAAGAUAUGUCAAAAAGUUUAAAACAAAGCAGCUAAUAGCACGGAUUCUGGAAGCACAUCAGAAUGUUGCUCAUUUGCCUCUAGUAGAAGCUAAGCUGCGUUUUAUCCAGGCAUGGCAGUCUUUACCAGAAUUUGGUAUCACACACUACAUUGUCAGGUUUAGAGGAAGUAAGAAAGAUGAGAUACUUGGAAUCGCUCAUAAUAGAUUGAUCCGAAUAGACAUGACUACUGGAGACCCCAUAGUAACUUGGAGAUUCUCCAACAUGAAACAGUGGAAUGUCAACUGGGAAAUAAGCCAGGUGGCCAUGGAGUUUGAUCAGAAUAUUUCAGUUGCGUUUACAUGCCAGAACUCAGAGUGCAAGAUUGUCCAUGAAUACAUUGGUGGUUACAUCUUCCUGUCCACACGUUCAAAAGAUCAGAAUGAAACUUUGGAUGAAGAGCUGUUCCAUAAACUUACUGGUGGUCAGGACUAAAAGAGUCUGACAUUCAAAUGAAUUAACUCUUGCUUGCUACUAAGGUGGUUAUAUAAAUCUAAACUUAUUUACUGACUCUGUGGUACAAAUCAUUAUGUGAAUUGUAUUUUUUUCUCAUGUCCAACUAGUUAUUCUGCAAGUUCCAUGUUAAAAUGCUGUAUGUUUUAGACUAAAAUAUAAACUUAAGCAGGGCUAGAUCUCUACUAUCUGAUGAACCACAUACAGAAAAAUCAGUUGGAAGUUUGUGCAUUAAUUUCUGAAGUAAGGAACCAAGAUACCUAAGUAGUUAAUUUUAGCACAGAACAACAUAAAUAAACUGAAAUGAGAGUGUGCUGUGCAGGUAAUGCAGUUACAUAAAAGAUCAGAAGAAAUUAUCAAAGUUUGUACUCCUUAGUCCCUGGAAGUAAUAUUUCAGUAUUAUAUAUUGUGGGAAAAUGAAGAUAAAAUAAUAGUGUAUGCUUAAUUAUGCCAGCUACAUUUCAGUACUGCAAUAAAAUGUGAAUGCUCUUUCAGAAA